AUACGUCAUAAGAUGAUCAUCUUGUAAAUAUAAAAGCGCGAACCGCGACGCGAUUUUUGUCGUCCACUCUGAAAAAUGUCUUACGCUUCUGUAGCAGGUUCAAACUUGCCUUCUUCUCAACCCCGUCCAGACCCAGCUCUUUGGACCACCGAUUCUCCUACCGCUUCCAUCGUAGCUGAUGACGCAUCCAAAGUCAAUUUAGUCCAUCCAGACUUUAAAGAACAUCCUGCCACUGUAUACUCCGAAAAUCGACCUCCUCCCGAUGAUACUCCGAGUCCCAGAAAUAAAAAGAACAGGCGUUUGCGUGAGGCAGAAGCUGAAGGCCUGUACCUGUGGCAAAUCACAAAGCAAUAUCUUUUCAGACCCGGCGUUGCUGGCGGUCUCAUUGGCAUAAUAAACCUUGGCCUCCUCGCUGGAGCUUCUCGCGCAUUCUACACACAGCCCAAUCUGCGCAGUGACAGAAAAGUUAUCGCGAGCACCACGGCUGCUGCUCUUGCUAUUCUUGGUGUCGAAGGUUUCGCCGCAGAGAAAUAUGCUCAAACCCCCAAAGGCCAGAACGAAGCGCGUCGCGCCAAGGAAGAGGGAACUCUUAUUUACAAGCAUCUCAGAGAGAAUAUCUUGCGCCCUGGAGUCCUCGGUGGCUUGCUUGGCCUAGUCAACGCUGCCAUCUUGGGCUCUGUUGGGUACCUUUCCUACAUUCAUUGGAACAAGCCCACUUGGGAUAGACGCGUCGUAUCUGCAAUUUCUGUCGGACUCUUUACCCUGUGGGGAAGUGAAGGUGCACUCGCAGAGCGAUAUCGAGCAACGCAUCAUUGAGUAAAUUAUGUAUAUGUGUAAACACGCCAGUAGUACUUUAUUAUCAUCCCAGGUUGUAGUAAUAAAAAUCCCUCCUUGCUCUCUCGA